CGUAUGGCAAAGGAUAAACAGGUCUUUAUAUAGUACGGUUCUACUUGAUUUCUCUUCGUCUCUUGCCAUUUUUGUUUUCGUAUCGUCUCACAGUUAGCACGUGCUAUUCCCAGAAAGAAAAAGUAUGUGUACUGAUUCAAAAAAAGCUCAGGAUUCGCCACCAAAAAUGCGAGACGACGUGGCAAAGAUUGCCGCAUCGGCGAGCAUUUUAAUUCUUUCAUGGAUUGUACUUUAUCACUCCUGUCGAAGGGCAUCUACAAUUUACUUUUUCGAGCUCGAUUCAACAACUGUAAUAUUCAUGGAUCAGGUUCCUGCAAUGAUUCUCCCAUUCGUUUUCUCUAUAGUCUUGUAUUUUGUAUAUUUGGGAACUAAAAGAAGCGCCAAUAUCGAACGAGACAGAGAAAUUGCUAGAGAAGCUGAAAAAGAACUCAAGACAUCCUCUUCAUUCAACUCUCGAAAGGUUUCCCGUGAGAUCAGCAGGCGUGCUUCCGUUUCAUUAGGAGAUGAACAGGCAGAGCAACAGCAAAGAAUUCGAAGAUUGCUAUCAGAUAUUGAAGAAGCAGACAUCGAAAAUACAGUUCGAAGCCAUCGUCAACGAAUGGAGGAAGAAGAUAUUGCACCGAAAUAUGUGGAUGAUAAUGAAAGUGGACAAGAUACACCUCCUCCAAGAAAGUUAACAAAAUCGAGAUUUGUAGUAGAAAGUGCAGAAGAUGGCAGUAAAAUUAUUAUUCCACCAGAAUCGUCAUCUGUUACACCAGAAGUUCGUAGUCGUACUAACUCAAAAAGUACUCAUGAUCUUAUGACAACACACAGAGGAUCUUCAAGCAAUUGGAUAUCUGCAAGUCAACGAUCAAGCAGAAAAUCUUCAAUGGGUGGAUCACCAGAUAAAAGUCAAAUUGUAUGGACUACCGGAGAAGAAGGUACGACGGCCGAGAAAUGUGACAUUUAUAAAAAACUCGGAGAUAUUGACCUAUUUUCCUAUUCACUAAGUGCGUUGAGCCUACUUCCGAGGAGUGAUGAUGGACCCAGAGUUUACAUUCAACUUGAUUUGCUCGACAUAAUUGCUGAAUUGUUUGCUGUUCAUGUGCCUAUCUGGGCAUCCGUUGCAUGUAUUCAUAUAAUUCUUUUGGAAUCAUUCAGUCAGCAUAUGUCAUUCUACUUUUAUUAUCAUGAAGAAUCAAUGAUGUACGCUUCUCUUCUUGUAUCUCUCUCAUUUGGACUUUAUCAUGAAUGUUCUGGUAAUUGGAUCUCUAACGACAUUCUUGCUUUUGCAUCGAUUUACGUCGUGUGUUCAAGAAUUCAAGCUGUGAGCUAUCAAACUGCAAUUAUAUUUGUCAUUGGAAUGUCGCUUUUUGAUCUUUUCUUCCUUUAUGUGGUGGAUCUUUUGAGCACAGUAGUCAAAGAAAAUCGUUCUCCUCUCAUGAUCCUUGUACCUCGAGACACAAAAGGAAAUAAACAAAGUCUCGCUGCACUUGAUAUAAUGGUUCCUGGAGUAUUUCUAAAUGUUGUUCUCAAGUACAGCUCAAUGUAUGAUACAAAUCUUUUUGCAAUCACGUUUGCCGCAGUCUUUGCAUCACUGGUUUUCUCAGUUUUCUUUUCUAUAUGGAGAUCAAAAACAACUCCGGCUAUGGUUCUCCCAGCAAUUUCUGCAAUCAUCUUUUCAAUUGGAUUUGCAAAUCAUACCGACGACUUAUGGAAAUUUAUGAUUAAACACUAACAAUCGAUUCAAAAUUAAUGUAAAUAGAUAAUCUUACUUUUCUACAUGCUUGUUCAUAUUCAUAUCUGUAUUUAAAUUGUUUAUUUUGACUUCCGUGAAGAUCAAUAACUUUUCGUCUAGGGUACAUUUCCACUUGCCAUUUUUAAUUCAUCGUUUUUUCUGAUGAAUUAUUUCUUAAAAUAAAAUGAUUCUCGGAUU